AUGAGAUGGCUAUCUGGAGCUUCACUCGCAGCCACUGCGCUGCUCAUCAGCUCAGCUUCAGCCCAGACAUGGAGCUCGUGUAACCCUCUCCACAGCAACAGCUGCCCUGCAGACGAUGCCCUCGGCAUGAGCAUCGAUAUCGACUUCUCCAAAGGCGAAGUCAACUCCUUCGCCGCCUCCGGUUCCCCCAAAUACGACGGCGAGGGUGUUUCCUUCACAGUAGCCCGUGCCAACGAUGCACCGCAGCUGGCUUCUCUCUUCUACAUCAUGUUUGGCCGUGUCGAGAUCACAAUGAAGGCCGCACCCGGUGCCGGUAUUGUCUCUUCGCUUGUUCUCCAGUCCGACGUCCUCGACGAGAUCGAUAUUGAGUGGCUCGGCUCUGAUAAUGACGAGAUCCAGUCCAACUACUUUGGAAAAGGCCAAACAACCUCCUACAACCGCGGCCAGUUCCACGACGUCACAAACACACAGGGCGAGUGGAUCACGUAUACUAUCGACUGGACAAAGGAUCGCAUCGUCUGGAUGGUUGGCGGUACCGUUGUCCGCACCCUCAACUCUGGCGACGCCGAGGACAACCAAUACCCUCAGACCCCGAUGCAAGUCAAGUUUGGAUCAUGGGCCGGCGGUGAUCCCAACACAAACUCCGCGGGCACCGUCAAGUGGGCUCGUGGACCAACAGACUACUCCAAGGGCCCCUUCACGAUGAAGGUCAAGAGCAUCAUUGUCACAGACUACUCCACCGGCGACGAGUACAAGUACAAGGACACUUCUGGCUCAUGGGGGUCGAUCGAGGCUGUUGGUGGAGCAGUCAACGGCAACGAGAACGGCGAAGCCAUGACCGUUACCGCCACCGCUCAAGGAACCGUCGCUACGUCAGACGGAAACGUCCCCGUGGGAGGUAUCGCCGAGGAUGGAAGUCCCGCCACAGCUACGCAGACCGGAUGGCCCUGGACCGGCUCCCGUCCUUCAGGAGGCGCCAUCCCCGAAGGAUGGAGGCUCAACGCCAAGGGAAAGAUCAUCCCAGCCGAGAACAACUCUGUUGGGUCUCUCCAGCCCCUCCACAGCGCUAUCGCUAUUGUACCUUUCUUCGCUGGCAUCUUGGCAUUUGCCGGCCGAUUCUUGUAA